UGUGGGUUCAGGGCUCGGCUUCACACAGUAGUACCGAGCGGAUCAGCUCCCUCCCGACACUUAGACUCGUCAAUCAGGAUUAAUGGACUGCUGUAUAAAAACUCACUGCGGCUUUCCGAACACACACACAAACGCUUCCAGCUCUUUUAUUGAUAUGUAUGUUUCUGUGGCUGACCGGCCUUUGCAGCGAUUAACCUUUGGGUGAUCCCGGACAGAGAGCAGAAGAAAGAAAUAAAAUGUUGGAAAAAUCCAUGGCUUUUUUUUAAAAAAAAACCCCAAGUGAAAUUGACUGAACAGGAGGUGCUCAGCCUGUGAAAUUGACACGCUCUUAAAGGGAAGGGGGGGUAAAAGGACAAAAAAAAAGUUAUUUUUGGGUCCAAACUUUUUUUUUCUGCUGCUAAACUUUUUUUUCUACUACAGAGGAUCGGGUGCAGUUCCUUUUUUUCUGUGUGUAUGUGUGUGUGUGUGUGUUGUUGUUUAGGAUGAGCCCAGAGAUGGAGUGGAGAAGUUUGGCUUCGCUGUUGCUGCUUUUCCCGGUGCAAAUGGCUUUUUACGUGGUGAAAGCCGCCGUGUUGCUGCUGCUGCCGACCAGGCUGCGGGGGCUGAGCCGGGACACUGUCCUCAUCACCGGGGGAGGCAGAGGCAUUGGUCGCCAUCUGGCCCGGGAGUUCGCCAAACAAGGGGCGAGGAAGAUCAUUAUCUGGGGUCGGACAGAGGAGUGUCUGAAGGAGGCCUGUGAGGAGAUUCGGAGCCUGGGUGUGGAGUGCCACUACUUUGUCUGUGAUGUAGGAAACAAAGAGGAAGUUUACCAACAAGCCAAGGCUGUACGGGAGAAGGUGGGUGAUGUCACCAUCCUGGUCAACAAUGCCGCAGUGCUUCAUGGGAAGACUUUAAUAGACAGUGAUGACGAUGCUGUCCUGAAGUCCCAGCACAUCAACAUGCUCGGCCAGUUCUGGACUACAAAGGCCUUCCUGCCUCGGAUGCUAGAACUGCAACAUGGACACAUCGUGUGCAUGAACUCUGUGCUGGCAUUGUCUGCCAUUCCGGGUGCCAUUGAUUACUGCACUUCCAAGUCGUCCUCCUUCGCAUUCAUGGAGAGUCUGACACUGGGCCUCCUCGACUGCCCUGGGGUCAAUGCCACCACAGUGCUCCCAUUCCACACCAGCACUGAGAUGUUUCAUGGCAUGAAGACAAGAUUUCCCAAGCUGUUCCCUCCCCUCAAACCGGACAUGGUGGCCCGCCGGACCGUGGAAGCAGUGAGGACGAAUCAGGCCUUCCUCCUGCUACCCUGGACCAUGCACGCACUUGUCAUCAUGAAAAGUAUCCUCCCACAAACGGCUUUGGAAGAAAUUUACAGGUUUACUGGAAGCUAUGCAUGUAUGGACAGCUUCAAAGGACGAACAUAAGAAGAGGCCCCAUACUCUGAUUCCUCUUCAACCUCUCUAGCAAGCUGGAAAAUGAACUUUGAACAGAACGUAUGCAGCAGGCAACUCUGUGGACGUUUUCCCAUCAAGUCUUGCAGAAUAUUAAACAUCAGACCUUCGCUAUGGCGAUGCAGCCCCAAGCUCCCUCAAGGCAAACUGAACUAUGUACAGUCAAAACUGGACACGUUAACAGGUGGACCUAAAAAUAAAAUUGAGGUGACUUGUUACUUGCGAGUUAAAGGUCCUCAUUCUAAAUGUAACUUUGGAGUGUUGGAAAUCGUUCACUGGGAAUACUACGUGGCUUCUACGUCUAAAUGUGCUGAUGGGUGGUAUUCCGUGGGGAUACACCGGAUGUUUUAUUCACACUGUGGCAAUGACUGUGUGCCAUUCCACUCGCCUUUGUUUAAUGACAGGAAUGUCAGAGAAAUUCAUCACUUUUCAUUUUAAAUCAUGCUGUAAAUUUUAAUAUUUAAACUGUAAUUUGCCAUCUGGCCUAAAAGCAUUAACUAUUUUUCCUCCUCCUUGGAUUUAGUGAAUGAAUAAAAUAGAAAAGAAAAAA